AUGGGUGCCUUGGCCAGUGGACUGCUCUGCUCUCGUCAUGAACUUUGGAGAUCGCGGAGUAUUUACAGGGAGAAGACGAGAUCUUGGGAGUUCAUGCAGCAAGAAUCACGCCCGGUCAAAGGUAGACGAGGUGCUCACCCGGAUCACGCCCAGAAAAGGGCCCAGCCGAUAGAUCCGGACUGUGAUCCCGACGUGAAGGUAUUGAAAGCCAGAUCCGCGUACGGUGAGGGACUUACAGUCAACGAAGCGGAAUAUCAUGGGCUGCUGUUGGGUCUGGGUCAGCUGAGUGAGGCCGAUCAGAAGCAAUUGGUGAUCUGUGGUGAUUCCAAUCUGAUGGCCCGGCAGUGGAUAGGUGAUGACUUGGUGCAUGUCAAGCGUGAUUGGAACGCCAGUGCAGACAGCCUAGCGAGUUCGGCAUUGCAGAAACAAUGCAAGAUUGAGGUAGAGGUAGAAUUCGACUAUCAAGAUACCAUUACAGUGAACCGGUUGGAGGAGGGUUUCGUGGCGCGAUCUGAAGUCUAA